AUGGCACACUCUUCCGAGGCUGAGCCACCGCAGCUCCCUUCUCAAGAUGAGAAGGAGAAUGUCACCAACCAGCAGGUUGAGGACGCAAAAAUAUCGACAGAUAAUGAGCUGGUGGUGACCCAAGAGGGAUCUGAAACAAUAACCGCCAAGACAUGGAUUGUCAUUUUUUUCUUGUCGGCGACUUUCGGGCUCAGCUUUUGGCCAGUACCAACUACGGCAGCGAUGCAGGCAAAGAUAGCCACUCGGUUUGGAGAUCCGUUGUCAUACGUUUGGUAUGUUCCGGCUUACACAACAGCAAACUCGAUCGCCUUCAUCCUCGCCGGCACAAACAGCGAUCUUUUCGGUCGUAGAAUAGUGCUUCUUCUGGGGAAUUCCAUAUGCAGCGUGGGAUUCAUCAUCAUUGCCACCGCCCAUUCGUCAACACAGUUCACUGCCGGCCUCGGAAUCACAGGAUUCGGCGCAGGCUUCUGUCAGAUGGCUAUGUGUUCGAUACCCGAAUUGAUGCCAAACAAGUACCGACAUAUUGGAAUCACCAUUUCAGAUGGCUUUGUCUAUUUGAUUGUCGUGAUUGGCCCAAUCGUGGGGAGAUACGCCAUCGACGAAGGCAACCGAGAUUGGCAAUUCAUCUACUGGGCUGGCUUCAUUCUUCAAUUUGCUACACUUGGCUGUAUCUAUUGGCUAUACCAGCCCCCGAAGCACCCAAGGGGCGUCCCAUGGGAAGAAGCCAUCCGUGGCCUGGACUAUGUAGGAUCACUGCUCAUUGUGCCAGGGAUCUGCCUCACACUAGUUGGCAUCAUCAAUACUACUUACAAGUCAAGCCGGGACGUUACCGUGCUUGCUCCCUUGUGCACAGGUUUUGGGCUACUUGUUCUAUUUGGUCUAUGGGAAACAUUUGGAAACGCCCGCUAUCCAUUAUGUCCUCCGGAGAUCUUCAGGUCCCAUAAUGGGCGAGAAUUCACAGCUCCAUUUAUAUUGGCUUUUCUCGUUACCAUGUUCUACUAUGGCAUCAACAUCAUCUGGCCUACAAUGGUAAAUGCAUUCUACAUCAACGAAAACACCUCACGGAGUGAAGAGCUGCUUCUCACACUCCCUAAUAACCUCGGUCUUGUCUUUGGAGCUGUUCUGCUUACCUGUUUCGGAAACCUAAUCGGACACUGGAAAUGGACUCUUUGCAUUUCCUGGACUGGCCUGUCGAUUUUUGGCGGGUUGCUCGCGCUCGUCACGCCGUAUAACAAGGGCACCAUGAUUGCUUUUGCAUUCCUGGAGCAAAUGUUCUUCGGAUGGGCACAGUAUGAAAGUAUUGCAUUCACCCAGCUGGGGGUGAAGCAAGUUGACCUGGGCAUCUCGGGGGGGCUAGGCGGAGUUGCGAGAUAUGCAGGAGGAUCUCUUGCACAGGCGAUAUAUACGACAAUUUUGACCAAUACGCAGAAUACCAGGGCGAUGCAGACGGUCCCGGCAGCGGCAGAGGCUCUGGGCCUGGGACAAGCCGAGGCACAGCAGCUUUUCCAAGCCAUCUCGACCGGCGCUUCGAGUACCAUCAUGGAUAUUCCCGGAAUUACCGAUGAAAUUGUGGUGGCGGCCAGCACAGCGUAUAAGUGGGCUGUAGCCCACGGACUCAAGAUCACCUCGCUCGCUUCCUUGGCGUUUGCUGGUCUUGGCCUGAUUUGCUGCCUGCUGUGUGAGAACAUCGAUGCAAAGAUGAACGACAAGACGGAGGUCUUUCUAGAGAACGAUGUCAACAGGGAGAAGAAUGUGUACCAUUGA